GGCUAUGGCACUUAGUGCAUAUGCACCAAAUCAACAUGUUUUACUUCGACCUGAAGUUAAAUACAUCGGAAAUAUACAUGGAAAUGAAGUUGUUGGAUUAGAAGUAUUAUUAUAUUUAAUCGAAUAUCUUUUAACAUCAAAUGAUACAUUAGUUUAUCAAGUAAUGAAUCGAUCUCGAAUAUGGAUAAUGCCAUCUAUGAAUCCUGAUGGUUUAGAAAAAUCAAUGUAUGGUGAUUGUUCAUCAAUUACUGGAAGAUAUACACUAAAUAAUAUUGAUUUAAAUCGAAAUUUUCCAGAUUAUUAUGGUGCUACACUUCCAUCAUCGAUUCGAGCACAAGAAACAAGUGCAAUUAUGUCUUGGCUUGCUAAUGUUUCAUUUGUUCUCUCAGCUAAUUUUCAUGGAGGAUCAUUUGUUAUAAAUACACCAUUAGAUCGUUAUUAUGUUGGAAGAGUUUCAACGAGUGAUGAUGAUGAUAUCUAUCAAAUGGUGGCACAUAGUUAUAUCAAUCGAACAAAACAAACAGACAAAGCUUGUUCAAAUCAAUUUACGGAUACUGGUUAUAUUACACGUGGUGCUGAUUGGUAUGAAAUUGUUGGUGGUAUGCAAGAUUAUGGUUACUUUAAUUAUGGUACGAUUGAAUUAACACUGGAAAUAUCGUGUUGUAAAUAUCCUGAAAGUAAUUUACUUGCUGGUUAUUGGGAUUAUAAUCGUGAUGCAAUGAUUGGACAUUUAUUACAAGCACAAAGAGGUGUAAAAGGUUUAAUACUUAAUGAAUAUUCUCAACCAAUACCAUCAACAGAAAUCAUGAUUAAUAAUAGAAAACCUGUUGUUAAAGUUACAUCAUUAGGUGAAUUUUGGAGAAUAUUAUUACCUGGAACAUAUACUUUAAAGGUACUUUAUAGAGGCUUUCAAAUUCAUAGUCGAGAAAUAACAAUUCAAAAUUCAUUAUCACCAUUAAAUUUAACAAUUAUUAUUUCAUCUUCGACUUAUCUACCUUAUAUGAAUAUGACAACUGCAGCAUCAACAACGGUUAGAUCAAAUUCUAUGAAUUCACCAUCAAGCAUUUUCAUGAACUUGAAAAUUUUAUCAUCAUCGAUAUUUUUAUUUAUUCAUUUCAUUCUCAUAAAAGAUAAUCAAAUAUAAUAAAAUAAAAGCUUGCAGAAUAUUCUUGUUCUUCUGUUUUAAUUAAGAAUAGGACCAAAUAUAACAAACAAAUAAAUCUUCAAAAAAAUAGGAAACAUUUUUUGAUUUUUUUUGUUUGUAAGGCUCGAUAUAUAUAAAUGAUGAGAGUAUAAAAAGUAAGUCGUCACUUUGUUUGAACAACUAGAGUACUCUUACUAGUGAAUAUUGAAAUGUCAACUUUUGAAUUUGAUUAAUUGAUGAUAAUAUAACGUUUAUA